CGGACUCCACUUCCCGUGAGGCCCCGCGUGCCCGGACUCCACUUCCCGUGAGGCCCCGCGCGGGCCGCCGGAGGAUGGCGGCUCCUAGAGUGUUCCCGCUGGCCUGCGCGCUGCAGCAGUACGCCUGGGGGAAGAAGGGCUCCGGCAGCGAGGUGGCCCAGCUCCUGGCCAGCAGUGACCCGCUGUUCGUGAUAGAGGAGGACAAGCCGUACGCGGAGCUGUGGAUGGGGACACACCCCCGGGGAGACGCCCGCAUCCUGGACAGCCGCCUCCCGCAGAAGACGCUGGGCCAGUGGAUCGCCGAGAACCAGGACAGCCUGGGCCCCAAAGUCAAGGAGGCCUUCCAGGGCCGGCUGCCCUUCCUCUUCAAGGUGCUGUCGGUGGACACGGCACUGUCCAUCCAGGCGCACCCUGACAAGGCGCUGGCAGAGAAGCUGCACCGCCAGGCCCCGCAGCACUACCCCGACGCCAACCACAAGCCGGAGAUGGCCAUCGCCCUGACCCCCUUCCAGGGCCUGUGUGGAUUCCGGCCAGUGGAGGAGAUCCUGACCUUUCUGGCCAAGGUGCCUGAGUUCCUCUUCCUGAUCGGAGACGAUGCGGCCGCCCAGCUGCGGCAGAGCCUGGGCCAGGGUCCCAGAGUGGUGGGUGCCGCCCUGCAGAGCUGCUUCUCCCGGCUGAUGAGGAGCGAGAAGGCGGCGGUGGCUCGGCAGCUCAGCCUGCUGGUGGGGCGCCUCUCCCAACAAGGGUGGGCUGUGCUUGCAGGGGCGGCUGGCAGCCUGGAGGACGCCUGCGGGGAGCUUCUGCUGCAGCUGCACCGACAGUACCCGGGGGACGUGGGCUGCUUUGCCAUCUACUUCCUGAACCCACUCACCCUGCAGCCGGGCGAGGCCAUGUUCCUGGAGGCUAACGUGCCCCACGCCUAUCUGAGGGGAGACUGCGUGGAGUGCAUGGCCUGCUCGGACAACACGGUGCGUGCAGGCCUGACCCCCAAGUUUCUGGACGUGCCUACGCUGUGUGCCAUGCUCAGCUACACCCCGGGGCCCGGCCGCGACCGGCUCUUCGCCCCCACCCAGAGCGCUCAGGACCCCUGCCUCGCCCUGUUCGACCCCCCAGUGCCCGACUUCACUGUGAUGAAGGUGGAGGUGCCCGGCUCUGUGGAGGAGUACCAGCUGCUGGCACUGGACUCGGCCAGCAUCCUCCUGGUGGUUCAGGGGAUGGCGACGGCCAGCACGCCCUCAGCCCCUGAGGUCAUCCCCCUGCGCAAGGGCUCGGUCCUAUUCAUCUCGGCCCGCGAGAGUGUGUCCCUGCGGCUGGCGGCCGAGGGGCUGCUGCUGUUCCGUGCCUGCUGCCUGCUGUAGGUGCCUGCUUCGGGGACUGCGGGCAGGGCUGCCCCGGACGCCGGCGUGGACGCUGCACUGGCUUCCUCUGUCAGCUCUGGGCUGUGAGAUCACGGCCACCAGUGGGGUUUUGGGCUCCCCAGUAAAGGCCGAGUGUCAUGGAG